AUGACAGUACCAGAUCACACCACGCCGACAGGGAGCAAGAAGUUGGUCUGUCGAGUCUGUCAGAAGGGCUUCUCCAAGGCCGAGCAUCUCAGGGUAAGCCAUACCGGGUCGAAACCCUAUGUGUGCAAAGAGUGUCGCCGGCCCUUUGCGCGACAGGACGCCCUGACCCGCCAUGAGAGACUGCACGUCCGCUCGUCCGUCCAUGCGGCCAAGCAGCAGCAGCAGCAGCAGGAAUCGCAGAAUGUUUCGCAUCCGGGCGCCAUGCUGUCGCAGCCGCCGGCACCGAUCGACGUGAUGCCGCCCUGGGAGACGUCCAGCACGUCCACUGCAACGCCCCUGACGGGCACUACGGCAAAUGCCUCGUGGUCGGAGGCUGAGUCGGCGCAGGCGUCGAGCCUGCAUAACGCGGCGGUCGAGUUGGACUUUGCUCUCGUGUGGCCUGAUUCGGAGAGUUUGUUUCAGAGCAUCAUGUCCUCUGACUCGACAGACCAGUGGCAGAUGCCCUUGGGCACCUUACCUUUCCCACCUGUCUCGCAAGACGUCGGGGCCAUGAACUUUGGCUCGCCCAACUCCUUUGACGAUCGCACUUCAUCGAUCGGAUCCAUUCCCUCCGGGGGUGGCCACCAGGCUGUCCGUGAUGUGACGGAGAUGGUGACAAGUUCGUCGUCAAGCGUUACCGCCGCCGUCAAAUCGACCUCAAUCACGUCUGUGUUCCUUGACGAAUGCCUCCACAUGUUCUUCGUCCGAUUCAUCCCCACAUUUCCGAUCUUGCAUCGUGCCACCUUCGUCUUUCGCGAAUGCACUCAGCCUCUCCUCCUGAACGCUAUCGCCAUCGGAUCACUCUAUCUAGGACCGAAGGAUUCCGUCGCCAAGGGUGAGGCAUUAUGGCGCUUGGCCCACACGGCUGUGGCGACAUCGUGGCAAUCAUUAAUCACACAUCGCGCACCCUAUGACUCCUGUAAGGGUGUCCAGCUGCUCAUCACUGCCUUGCUUGGCCAAAUAUACGGUGCUUUGUCCAAGAACCGAGCAAUACGAACCACCAGCCAGGUGUUUCGUCCGCUGGGCUUCUUCUGGGCCAGGCAUGGCGGCAUGCUAGAUAGCGAACCGUUCCCGCUGGAAAGUCUCCCCGCCGCCAACGCGUCGGCCAGCGAGAAGGAACAUAUCUGGCGCAUCUGGGCCGCACGGGAGAUCCAGCAGCGCGCCUUGCUGGCCUACCAUGUGCUGGACGGGCUGGUCGCGCAAAUGUCUGGCGACGGGACCUCUGUUCGGCACGUCAACAAUGGGCUCAGCCUGCCCUGCAGCGCGGCGUGUUUCGACGCCAGCACGGCUGACGAGUGGCUGGUCCACAUGCGGUCGCAGAAGGUGGGCAAGCCUUCCUUCCGGUUGGUGUUUCGGUCGCUGUUCCCCCCAGCCCCGAGCUUCAACCAGACCGACCACCUCCCCUUCUCCGCCUUCACGCUGCGCGUGGUCCUGGAGGGGAUCCAGUCGUUGGUCUCCGACUGCGACGAGAGCGAGCUGGCGGCCGUCGGGGUGCCCGGCCGGUCGGACGUGCGGCGCGCGCUGGCCCAGGUGCACGAAACCAUCUCGAUGAGCAUGCACCUGUCGGCCGCGGAGCGGCUGGAGAUCCUGCUGCGCUGCCACACCAUCUGCCUGGACACGGUGAUCAACUCGACGCUGCUGUGCCGCUACGUGUGUCUGCGGUAUAGCGUUUCGCAGCAAAUCUCCGGCGGCUCGCGCUCGAUCCGGGCGGGCUUCGACCUGCACAAAUGGGUGCACACCGACGACGCCCGGCGCGCCCUCCUCCACGCCGUCGCCAUCCAGGACAUCGUCGAGCAGCUGCCCCGCGGCCGCGCCCACGUCAUCCACAUGCCGGGCUCGCUCUUCGCCGCCGCAACCAUCUACAUUGCCUUCUCGCUCGCCGGGGUCGCCACCGUCCAGCUCCCGCGCACCAUCAGCUGGCAGGACGCCCUCCUGGGCCCCUUUGAUGUCAACCUCGACCGCUCCCCCUCCGCCACAACCGCCGCCGAAAUCCAGUCCGCCGCCGCCGCCGUCUCCGAGACCCGUCGCUUCAUCGACGGCGCCCAGCCCAACUCCGCCGCAGCCCUGCUCACCGGCGCCGUCCGGAACCUCCUUUACGAGCUCAACUCCAUGCAGAAGCUCUUCCGCUGUCUUGCCUCCCAGUGGGGGAUUGCCUCGGACAUGGAAGACAUUGUAGAUCAAUGGAUUACCUUGUGUCAUUGA